AUGUUUGUCGGCACCAACUCGAACCGGGUGAUCCCCCCGGAUAACUCCCUUACCAUGGCCUCUGUUAUGGCCCACGGUUUUGAGAGGUUGCUUGCAAAGGGCAAGCUCAAUUCUAUGCGAAAACAGAAAAUACCCUCGAAAUCGCCCGUUUUUAGCUCCUUUACCGACAGCAGCACCUCGUCAUCCUCUUCAGAAUCCGCUUUCGCACUUGCAGACGAACAGAGUCUAUUCCCAGCACCGUCCUUCAUUCGACCAACCACCUCCAGGAUGCUUGCCAGAGACGAAAAGUCCCCGUCGUGCAAGCGUAUGAACGAUACCCUCGAUGCGAAAAGGUCGCCGAGGUCUCUGCGUCGUUUCUCGGCUUCAGAGUCGCACAGCAGUGGUGCUAGCAGCAUCCGCAGUAGUGUGCGGAGCAGCACCCGCAGCUCAACGCCAAGGAUACCCCGGCGCUCCUCAUCAUUGGUUGCUCAACAACGCGAGGAGCAUCCGUCUCUCGCAUCUCUGCUGCACUACGAGUUCACCGAGGGUGAAAGCAAGAACGCCAAACGUUCACUCAACACUCUCUGUGCCCCAUCAUCCCCCAUGGAUUCCGCAUCUAUGACACAGCUGCUUGAGAAGUUCCCAAGCCUCGAUGAUAACCCCCCUACUCCGCCACCAAAGGAUGAUUAUCGCCUUCACUCCAGUCAAGUCGGUAUUCCUACAUUACCAAAAACGCUUAGCUCAAGCGUAUCACACCCACAAACCCUACAGACUGCGCAACCAAGGCUGCGACCCUCUUUAAGCUCACGAUCAGCACCGGAUCUUGCCGCUCGGAGUGCAAAUCAAGAUCCAACAAGAUCGGUAAUAGGACGGCGGAGGCUCCCCAAGCUACUUAUUGAAAGUAACAAACCAGUGAGAAUAUUCCACAACCGCUCUCGGUCUUCUGAUAUUGUCCUACAGGAGCCUGCUGUUGGAGAUUUUCUUGGUCUCAGUGACGACGAUAUAGCCGAGGAAAGACCACCAACACCUCCUUUUUUGUCGUCCGGUGUCGCCAGGACGGCCCUUAUCUCCGAGAUACAAACUACACAACAGCCAGUUACGCCUCCUUGCCCGCCCAAAUCGCCAAGUCGAUCGCUCCGAAAGCUGAGCGUUGAUUGUGAACCCACUUCACCUGCGCCUUUAUCGCCAGCACCAACGACCCUUUCCGUAAAGCGCAUCUCGGCCCGGCUUUCAAUGGGUACAACCGAAGAUCGAGCGGCUGCGAUGGCUGCUUUUGAGGUGGCUCGAAUCGCUUCACGAUACAGUUUUGAUCUUAUCUACAUCAUCGACAUGUGGCCCAAGAACAUGCUCCGAAGAAAACCAUCAUCUGCAAUGGCACGUGAUCCUUUCGGUAGUGGCUUGGCUUCGCUCCGGAGGACUGGCUCUGUACGGACCAGCAAACACACUCGAUCAUCUUCAAACCAUUCGUCUACGUUUUCCGAAGCCCAUGAUGAUACGAAUCCAGAACGGCCUUCUGAGAAUAUUGGUCUCGAUUAUCGCUUUCUCGCCGCCUACGGUCUUCACACUGUCAAGCCACCGUUGGAAAUUGCUUACAAUGUUCACUCGAAGAUUUUGAAGCAUGAUGGGUGGAUCGAAUAUCGACAGUCGGAGCGAAACGACAAUGAAUUCGCUCGUGGUUAUGCUUGCUCCUUCUACACUGGUUGCGCGCCUACAGAAAGCCAUCACAGUAGGAAUUCAUCUCUUGCAAGCACAAGCGAGGCGUCAAUAGUCGAAGAGUCUGCCGCCACUUCGCAACGACUUGACAAAGGCAAGCCCGUUGUGAGGUCACGUAGCGGAACGAACAGGUCCGAACACAAUCGUGGCAUUGUAUUCGCUGCCUAUCGUAAGCGACAACUAGAUGGAGACGCACCUGGUCUAAGCCGCGAAGAGCUCAAGGGCAUGCAACUGGAUGCAGAGACGCUAGUCAACAUGAUUGUUGAUUGCCACAAGGUCAAGCGGAGGAGCGAGCAGAAAAUGAAGGCAGACUCCCGUCAGCGUCGUCCCUCUGCAGCAAUGCAAAACCCUGCAGAGACUGCCCGCACCGUGGAUGAUGCCCGCGCAGAGCAUUAA